AUGCCAAAAGCAAAAGAUCUUGAAAAGAAUUCAAUAAAGCAAACAAGAGCCUCAUUUACUGGUACUCAAAAACAUAAUAUAUGCAAACAAAAAUUACAAAAACCAACACCCAAAAAUAAAGAUCUUGCA